CAACUUCGGCAAAGAGAAAACAGGAGGUGGGUGUUCAAAUAGUAGCUGCACCAAACAAACGUAGUCAGACUCAUGAGGCGCUUGUGGCAAGUAGAAUCAUCACAUUUUUUCUGCAGCACCUGAUGCAGGAUAAAAUGCUGAAAGUGCUUACUCUUCUGCUUGCUACAGUAGCACCAUACGGCUCCUGUACAUCAUUGGAGCUUCAGUUCACCCCACAAGAUCUGACUCUGUUGAAAGGGGCAUCUACUAGUAUUCUUCUGUCCCUAAAGAAAUCACCUGAAAAUGCAACUAUUGAAGUCUCUGCAGAUCAUGCAGAUCUGGUAUACAUUUAUCCAUCCACCAUAACUGUUAUUGAAGGGAAUGUAUCUGAGGCAUGGACUGUGAAUGUGACAGCUGUGGAUGUUGGUCGAGCACUUGUUGCAGCAAAUACAUCUAGCUCAUUAAUUGAUGUAACUGAAGCCUUCGUGAGGCUCACUAUUCAGCAUUCAGAUUUCCUUUAUCAUGCCAGCAUUGUUGUUGGAUGGGUAUAUUUUGCAGCUUGGUCGAUAUCUUUCUAUCCACAAAUAUACAUUAACUGGAAGAGGAAGAGUGUUGUGGGUCUCAAUUUUGACUUUCUGUCAUUGAACAUACUUGGUUUUAUUUUAUAUUCACUUUUCAACUGCGGUCUAUAUUGGAUUCCUGAGGUGGAGGAGGAAUACUUCAAACUUUAUCCUAAAGGACUGAAUCCUGUACAAGUAAAUGACAUCGUAUUUGCCCUUCACGCAUCAUUUGCGACAUUCAUCACCAUAAUUCAGUGCUUCAUCUAUGAACGAGGUGACCAAACAGUUUCCAUCACGGCACGCGUUAUACAUGGCAUAUUUGCACUUUUCUUGUUCAUAAGUGUAAUCCUUGCAGCUACGUUGGUCAUUACUUGGCUUGACUUUCUGUAUUAUUGUUCCUACGUUAAACUGGCUAUUACUCUUAUAAAAUAUGUUCCACAGGCUUACAUGAACUACAAACGCAAGAGCACAGUGGGGUGGAGCAUUGGAAACAUCUUGCUGGAUUUCACUGGAGGAAUGCUGAGCAUGCUGCAAAUGAUUUUUAAUGCCUACAACUACAAUGACUGGAAUUCAAUAUUUGGAGAUCCUACAAAAUUUGGGCUGGGUCUUUUCUCCGUGAUAUUUGAUAUUUUCUUCAUUAUACAGCACUAUGUGCUUUACCGUGAUCGAAAGCAGACAUCAGAAAGUAUUAAAGAGCCUAUAUAACAUGACACCAGUUUUAUGUUCCCUGUGGUUUUAAUUCUAUUAUCACAUUAUUUCUUCUUCUGCUGCUUAGUGUUGCAUAUUCAUGACAGACUGAAACAGUCAUGGUAUGGCAGAGUAGACGUUAUAAGAAGAGAGAUAAUCUUGCCUUAUCAAACACCAUAUUUGUGUUUAUUGAAUUUUAUGGUAAUGUGCAAGGUGGAGGAAAUGCAUUUUUGAAAAUGUACAAAUGUCACCUUCUACUGUGUGUAAAGAAAAACAAAAAGUACUACGACUAGUGAUGUAAAGUUACCUUGAGGACCAACUUUAUAGCCAUAUAUUAUAAAAACCUAAUUCUUGAGUUUGAAACAACUCUUCAUGUAAAAGAUACUUGUUUCUCUGAUUCAAAUUUUAGUCAGUAUUGUUGGUGGCAGGUUGAAUCUGCUGAAGGAUAUUUUUCAGUAUGUGCCAUGACCACCAAGUUUUGCAGUGCCGUGGCAUGCAGAUGAAAUUGGCAGAAAGUGAUGAAUCCUGUUCAAGUUGUCAUGUUUUAUCUUAUUGUGAGAUAUUUAACAAAAAAUACAUGAAUGAUGAAGUGUGUGUAGUCACUUUCAAAUGAAAGCACAAUGAGAAACAGAAAGAAACAAUAUACACUCCAAAUCUCCUCAAUCCCUGUUGUGCAUUGAUUUCUGUUUUACUUCCAUUAUUAUUAAAUAUUUAUGUUUUAAAAGUGUGUGUGUGUGUGUGUGUGUGUGUGUGUGUGUGUGUGUGUGUGUGUUUUAUUUAUUAGACAAAUGUAAAAUAUGAGUAAAUUUGAUAUUAUCUAUAAUUGUUACAGUAUUAAAUUCUGUUAGUAAUAUAAGAUGUCAAAGGAUCCAAAUUAUGUGAACAUGAUUAAAGUUAAAAGGGUAUUAUUAUUGUGCACUGUGGCCAUUCCUACUCCACUAUCACUGUACUAAAUUUCCUAGUGUCAUAGUUGUAACUGACUUGUACUCUGUAGCCCAGCAAAUUUUUUAAUUUUUUGAAAUGCAUAGCCAUGUAAAACUCAUAAUCUAUUACCAUUGUGCCCCUGCUAACAUCUCAUUGUUUUAAAGGAACUGACAUUGUAAAAUGAAUGAAAGAGUAGUGUGAUGUACCAUGUUACUAGUUGGAUUCUUGAUGGGAAGCUCAAGACUGGUAUUACAAAGGCUGGCCUAUUGCACUGGCUAUUGUAGUCUUUCUAAUUAGCUCAGUCCCCCCCCCCCUCCCUUUUUAUCAGAUCUGGUUUGCACAAUCUUUGUGGAGGGGGAACAAGUAGAACUGAUAAUGUGCUCAGAUUUCUAUGAGGGAGGUUGGAAACAGAUGGUUUGAAACAUGGUUGAAUGAGUUACUGAAUUCAGUCAUUUUGUAAUGGAAUAACUUUCAGUGUUACAAAAUUUUUUGUAAUAAAGUGUUAUCACCGACAUAAAUAUUUGUCACAAGGUGAUGUUGAAAGAAGUAUUAUUUUGUGAAUAAAUGUCAAUUUUUAUGAAAAUUUAUUGUCUAGUACUGGUCUUGCAGAUGGAUCAAACUGCUAUUUCUGUUAAAUUAAAUAUUUGUGUUUCCUUGUUGCCUAUAGCUGCUUUACAGUUAUUGAGGGUAUUUUAAUUCUAUGUUUGCAACUACAAAAAAAAAUGCAUGUUUUUGACACCAAAUUCAUUUGCAUUUGUGCAGUUAAGACAUUUCACGUGGAAACACAAAAAUUCAUUAGGACUUAUGGAAUUCUGUAAGGCAAUUCAGAAUGAAUUGCCUAGAAAUCUUCAGAGUGAAUGUUUGUAGGAGAAUGCGUACUAGUCAGUAAUACUUGAAAUAAGCAAACAUAUUACACAUUAGCAGCAGACUUUUUGAAUAAAGAGGUCUGCAAGAGGAUCAACCAAGAUGUUUUAAGAUGGAGUGUAGUGGAGAAAAGCCGUAGAAGAUGUUACAAUAAAAUGAACAAGAAAAAGAUGCUACGAAUUCCAUGACUAUAAUAACUAGCUACAGAAUGUGUUUUUCAUAAUGCAAUGCUGUGAACUGCAGCUGACAUGCUUUCUUUGAUUACAUCUUUAAAAUAAUCUGGCUGUUCUGUUUUAAUUAUCUUUAAACGAAAUUGUAAGCUAACCAGCAAGGUAAAAUGUGACCGAAAGCAGGAAAGGUCAUGGUUGACAAAAUUGUUCUAUCACAGGUUGAGAUCAUUGUGAGAAAGUUCCGUUUUGUAAGUUAUCCAUUUUGUUUUAUAUAGUUCGGUUGCACAUUUUUUUCAUAAACAUUUAUCAUCAAUAUACCUUGCAAAUACUGUAUUAAAUAAAGGAAGAUUUUUUUUUCCUCUGUUCUAUUUACUUAUGGGCAAAAUUUGUGCAUGGCAUCAUAACUGUUUGCAAUGUAUCCUAUGAGCCAAUGGUGAUUGCAGAGUAGUCUAAUUGGUUGUGUUAAGAAAAAUGAAUUUUUACAGUUAUCACAUUUUUAAAUCAGUCCUAUAGUUAAAAUGUGGGUGCUGACAUUUUGAGCUGCAGUCCAUAAUUCCUCAUCCUCAGAAGUGCAAUGUAUUAUUGUAUUUAAUGUUGAGGUACUCAUCUGAUGGGUCCAACCUCUAAUCACUUUCAUUUACAAGCUUUCUGCAUUACAGUCCCUGUGAUCAUGUGUCUUGAAGAAUUUUUUUUAAAAUCUGCAGUCAUUUUAUUUUGAAAACAUAUUCCAGAACUGAAACACUAUUUUGUUAAUAUUUUUUUUUAAACUCUACAUUAGUUUUGAAAGAAAGAGCUCAGUACCAAUUGUUACAUCUGAAUUCCUACACCGUGUGGCAUAGUUGCAAAUCUUUAAGUGUACUCUCCAGUGCAACUUAUUUGUUAUUGUUUUUUCCAAAUACUGACCUCAAUAAAAGAUAAUAGCCACUUUUA